AUGCUUCGCAGUACGGUCGGCCUCUCGAGUCCCAACUCGAAAAUGUUGGAGACAUUGCUUCAGAAUCGCUUGGGAUUAAAGUACAUGCAAUCUCGCAAGUUGGUGGCGAGUGGACGAGAGAAAUUGGGAAUGGAGAAAAGCACACCGUGGACACCGGAAUUGGAAGCCGAAUGCCUGAGGAUCUACGAAGCCGAACACGGACCCAUUCAACCUAAAGAUUAUUCCACGCCAGCUCCAAAGGCGGUCGUAACACCGGUCAAGUCUCCCACCACGGUCGUCAAGCCACCCAUGGUGUCGACGCCACCACCAGUUGCCAAGGAAGAAACACGAGAGCCCGAAGAGGAACCCGUUCAGGAAGAAGAACCCGUUCCUGAGGAGGAACCCGUUCAGGAAGAAGAACCCGUGCAAGAAGAGGAGCCAGUUCCUGAGGAAGAGCCUGUGAAAGAGGAAGAAGCCGCUCCUGAACCGGAAAAGGAGGAGGAAGUCGUGGCUCCUGCUCCUUCUGUGGAUAGCGACGAUGAUGAUGACGACGACGAUGAUGACUCGGAGGCAUCCUAA